AUCGAUGAACAGGAGGUGAUGAUAUGGAUCUCGUGAGCACACAUAGUGUUUGAGCUAACCAUUUAUAUUUGUCUUGCAGUUCGCAAAGCGCGCAUGCAAGCAACGGAGCUUGCGAGGGAACGAGACUCACUCAAUUCCCAAAUUGAGGGCCUUCGCAACGAGUUACAGGAAGCGCGCCGUGAGGUUGUUACUGUUCGGAAAUCGAUCGUGGAAGAGAAACAGUCCCUCGAAUCGCGUCUUGACGAAGAACGACGUGCGAAGGAACGUGCUCGUGCGCAGCUCGACUCCCGGAUGGAGGAGCUACAAAAACGGAAAUCGAAGUUUGCCUGUCUAUAGCGUGCCUAUCAAGUCUGCAUUCACAUCUUUUCGGCCUGUGAGUUGUUGCGACUCGUGUCGGACCUUUAUGCCUAUUCUUUUUGCACCUUGCUUAUUAUACCAGUUUUCGCGAGCUGCGAGAUCGGUUAGCGAUUAUGUCUCUUGUGUCCUGAUACCCCUUGGUUGUGGAGCUAGUUUAUCGCGUCUACUAUGGGUAUCCCUGGUAUGUUUGUCCGUACUGGCUACUUCCCUUGUUAUAAUAUGAUAUAGUUCGGAUCUUUGCUAACUCGUGUUUCGGUUAUGAUCCGCUUGAACGGUGUCAACGUCACCGUGGCGAUUAUGUCGGCCGCUGUUCGCGAGUCAUAUACGCAACAUGCCCUCGGACAUUCCAGCAUGGGAACCUAGUAGAAAAUACUCCACGCUGUCUAGUAUACGAUGCCAGUCUUCGAAUUCUGAAGUCUGAUGAAUGUACGAGAAUCAAUGUGUUUGAAGUCG